AUGGAUACAGAAAAAGAACCACUUAUAAGAAAACGUAGACACAUAUCCGGACCAUUGGCAUCUGGUACAUUGCAACGGGGACUACUUAAAGAUUGGAGGAAAAGAUUCUCUAAUGGUGUUGACUUCAGAAUUAGCAAAAUUAAAAAUGAAAAAUCUCCGAAAAUGAAAAGGAGACUCUGCAGGCAUUUGAAUUAUUGGGUUGAUGAGAGAAGGGAUUAUUUCACAACAACUUUAAGAAAACAAUUACUUUUAUUGGGAGAUAUUAAUAAACAUUGGGCAGAUACUCAUAAUAGUGUAGUUGAAAAAUUAAAAGCAUCCUUCAAUGAUUCAUGUAAAAGAAUAGAGAAUAAGAAUAAGAAAGAUGUAAGAGAUAAAAAAAAAGUUAUGGAAGAUUUUUGUGAAGAUAAAGAAGAACGUUUACAAGAAUUAAAUGAAAAUGUGACAGAAGAGAAAUGUAUAGAGUACAGUAAUUGGUUAAAUGAAAAUAAAAGCAAUUUUGAAAAAAAAAAAUGGAUUAAUGAACAAAUGAUAUUUGAUGAAAAUUUAGAAAUUUCUGAAAACUGUACACUAAAUGAUAUGAAUACGUUUGUUUCUAGUUUAGACUGUUCAAAAAUCAAUAAGAAAGAAAACGAUUCUUGUGAUUCGAAAACUUCAGAAAGCUGUAAUCCAUCUAAACGAUUAACUCCUGGUAGUUCAUCUGAUAAUGGAUCUGAUCGUGCUUCAAUCGAAACUAUUAAAAUAAAACCAAACGCUACUACUAAUUUACCUACCACUACAAUAAACUCCACAACUACAACUGAAAUUACAUCAAAUACUUCAAUUGAAUCUACUACCCCAACACCAGGAUCUACACAAAAGUUAACAUCAACUAUUGUGUCUAUACAUUCAGAUCCAAAUUUACCUAAACCUGCAGCUCUAAAAGCCAUUGAACCUGAAAUCUCACAAAGAGAUGUGUCUCCUACUACUCCAACACCAAGUUCUACAUCAAAGAUAGCAUCAACUACUAUACCUACACCUUCAGAUGAAGAUUUACCUAAAGUUUUACCUCUAAUAGCCGAUAAACCUAUGGAUAAACAAGUUAUAAAUGAUAUUAUUCCAACAUUUAGAAAUAAUGACAUAUCGCCAACUGUUAGCGAUUCAAGUGAAUCUUCAAUUUCUCCUAUAUUUGGAUCUAUGAAUACAAAUAUAUCUGGAAAUUCACAAACAGAAUCACCUCCAACUACACCAACAUCUGCACCUAACAUUACUUCACCAUCUAUUGCCAUUCAAAAAAAUAUGCCUACAACUAUUCAAGUACCUAUAACUAAUUUCACAUCAUCUUCUAACGCCACUUUAAAUAAACCGUCAAUUUCUCCUACAUCUGCAAAUGUAAAUGCAACUGAACUAACAACUAUGUUUAAAACUAGUGCUUCAUCUGGAAAUACAUCCAAACCUACAUCUACUAUCAAGGCUGCGAAUAUAUCUACAAAUUUAUCUAUAACUUCGC